AUGUCCUCUGAAGUAUCAAACCAAUUAUUUCGUGAAUUGGAGAAAGCUUUCGGGCGGGGAGACCACCCGAAUGCAUUCCAAACUAUGACGAAGAAGGAUGGGAAGUCGCUCCAAAACGAAGAGCAAGACCUCCGGAAAGUGAUGCUCCGAAUUGUUGAACUCCGUCGAGCCCAGAUCAACGGAAUGGUUGAUCCGGCGGGAAUUCAAAAAUCUCAAAAAUCUGAGAAUCCAGAAUUCGAGAAAAAAGUGGAGACGGCAUGGGCCGCAUAUCAGAGAUAUCUCAAUGGAGAAACACCAGAAGACGCGAUUUCAGAGGAGGAAAAGCUGAAAAUCGAUCAAUUUUUGGCGCGUUUUGUAGAGGAAAUUGUACAGAAAGGGGCGGAGCCUCCAGAAGAGCUCACCGAAAAAAUUUCCGUCCUAACCAUUGCCAACAAGACAUUGCUCAAGAGAAAUGAGGAGCUUCAUCGAGAAAUUGAGACGCUGAUCGAUGAAAAAGAAGAAUUGGAGGAGAAGAUUCGAGAGAUGAAGAGGCGAUUGAGGGAGAUGGAGAAGAGGCUGAAAGGGGCGGAGCCUCCUAAAAUUUGA